AUGGAGUUUGAAGGCAUUUUUGCGAUUUUGCCGAGCUUUGGGACCACGGUGGUCGCGGUUGGCUGUGGAAUAGUCGCAAUGUACGUCGUCAUCAUCGGAGGAAACUUCAUAUCCCCGAAGGUGAAUUCCCUCAUCCGCCGAGUGGUGACCAAGCGAUUCGCCAGCGCCGGCGUACGGAUCGGCCAAGACAUCGUGAUCCACGACGAACGGGCCUUUUGGGCUUGGGCUAAAUCCGGAAGUCUCGGGUUCGGGGAAACGUACAUGGCGAAAAUGUGGGACACGGGUUCUCAGCCACUUGAGGAAAUAGUCGCCGGCUUGGCCCAACUUCCGCCGGAAACGAAGCGCAAGAUGUUCAAGGCGUGGAACUGGCGCAUUUUCGACAUCUACUACCGACUCUUCAACAUGCAGUCCGUGUCACGAGCUGACAUUAUUGCCAAAAAGCAUUAUAAUUUGGGCAACGAGUUCUUUUCUGCCUGGCUCGACAGCAACAUGCAAUAUAGUUGCGGGUAUUGGGACGGGGUUGCGGACCCCGACGACAUCGACGCGGCCCAGGUGAACAAGAUGAAUCUGAUUGCUCGGAAGCUGCAACUGGAACCAGGAAUGACGGUCGUCGACGUCGGCUGCGGUUGGGGCACGUUGUCCUGCUUCCUGGCGUCUAAUUACGGCGUCAAAGUGACCGGGGUCAACAUCUCGACGGAGCAGGUCAAAUUCGCCAGGGAACUGGUGGCUCAACGAGGACUGGCCAACCAAGUCACUUUCAUCCUCGACGACUACCGGAAUUUGAGCGGAAAAUUCGACCGACUCGUCACGGUCGGGUUCCUGGAGCACGUGGGACUCAUGAACCUGCCUGAAUUCUUCGACGUGGCCCAUCGGGUCCUGAAACCCGGCGGACUCGCUCUCGUGCAGUCCAUCACCAACGGCAAAACAGUGCACGUGCAAGCAGACCAAUUCAUUCACAAGUACAUCUUCCCCAACGGGUAUUUGCCGAGUCCCAAGUUGCUGGUGAAAUACGCCGAAAGCAAAUUCGUCGUCGAGGACAUGCAGAACUUUGGCGUGGACUACAUGCGCACUUUGCAAGUUUGGCACAAGCGAUUCAAGGCCUGCGUGGACAAGGGGAUCUUUGACCCGGAGAAGCAAGACGAGACCUUUGUUCGGAUGUGGGAAUUUUACCUUUUAUACUGUACAGGCGCGUUCAAAGCGAGGAUUACCCACCUUUACCAGGUCGUGUACUCGAAGAAACGACCUGAGAUUUACAUCGCUCCU